AUGAAGCCGUUGUUUGGGAAGAUUGUAUCGAAUAAGAUGCAAAAAUCAGUGCUAGUGGAAGUGGCUCGUAUUGUAAAGGACCCAAAAUAUGGCAAAUAUUACAAGAAGACCAAGAAAUUUAUGGCUCACGACGAGGAAAAUGCGUGUAAUAUUGGCGACUUGGGCAUUGGUGAUAAAGCAGCACAUCAGCAGAAACACUGGGCACACCGAUCGAAUCAAUCUGUCUUUUGCCGUCACAAAAACUUUAUGUUGCAGCAGUAUUUCGAUAGCAGUAAGAGCGAAACAGGUACCGGUGCGGUUUAA